AGGAGCAGAGAGGCUGAGACCAACUCAGAAGCCGCCAACUCUCCCGCUGAAGCUCACAGCUCGCCUCUCGCCCUCCAACAUGAAGGUCUCUGCUGCCCUCCUGUGCCUGCUGCUAGUGGCGGCUGCCUUCAGCCCCCAGAGCCUUGCUCAGCCAGAUGGGGUUAAUACCCCAACCACCUGCUGCUAUAGGUUCACCAAUAAGAAGAUCCCAAUCCAGAGGCUGAGGAGCUACCAGAGAAUCACCAACACUCUGUGUCCCCAGGAAGCCGUGAUCUUCACGACCAAACUGGCCAAGGAGGUCUGUGCUGACCCCAACCAGAAGUGGGUCCAGGAUUCCAUGGCGUACCUGGACAGGCAAACCUAAACUCCAGGGCUUUGAACACUCAUGCCUGAACUGAAACCAAGCCAAGACUUGAGAAGCAAUCUGUAUCUCCCGUCCUUUCUGAUGGCUGUUCUGAUAUUAAUUUAUUAUAAUUCUAGGGAAUAUGAGCGUUGUGUAAUAAUGUGAAUCGUAGUUUUUCUUCAAUGUGUUUUAAAGUUAAUAUUUUAAUUUAAUCCAUCAUUGAUUUUGGUGAGUUUUAAAUGUAAAGCCUUGGACACAUCAUGUCACUUCAGUCCUAUAAACACUGUGGGAUGCUACUCCCCUCUCUACCUCUUGAUGGUAUUAGACAGGUCCUUGCAAAAAUCAAUGCAAAGUUGUUUUUUUAUAUUAGCAGGUGAUGGCCCUGUGAAACCAUAAUGUUAUUAUAGAAUUAAAUAUAUUUAUAUGUAUGAAUCUUGAAUUUUUAUUAAAUUCAUAAAAUAUAUUUUUGUUUAACA